CGAGGGGUCAUUGUAAGCUCAUCGCAGAUAAUUCUGAGUCACGUGCAUAAUAGUUCAUGACUCGCAUAUAGAGAGGCGUCCUAUCAUUCUGUGACAUAGCAGCACAACGUUGGAACAGGUUGCGGGUACUUCACUUGAAACUGUUGUCUUCUGCAGACUGUCCCGUGCUGAAUUCAUUUCAACAUGUUGAAGAUUGUGGGCGUGUUCUUGGCGGGAGUGGGCGUGGUCGCCUGUCAUCUGUGCCUCAUCAGCCCCCCGCAGAGAGGUUCCAUGCUUGGUCUGAACAAAGCAGCAUCCCCUGACUGCCUCAGGUUGACGCCUCCGUGUGGGGGAGUUAAGCCAGUAGAGCCGAACAUGAUGAUCAGAGAUGGGAUGAACUACACUGUAACUUUCCAGAAAAAUCUCGAUCACUAUUUGAAGACCUCGCCGGGCCAUUUUGACAUCGCCAUAGGUACCAUGGCCGUGUCUCCGAACGAGAAUGACACCAUCAUUGAUCUCGUUCGUAUCAUGGACAGAGGAGAGCCUUCCCUUCACCUCUACACCAUCAACGUCACCAUUCCGAGGAAUGAGCAUGGCCAUAAGUUGCGUUACAUACAGGUACGUUACACUACGAUGAACCCCAGCGCUCCAGCCGUAUUCUACCAGUGCGGGGAUUUCUUCAUCUUUCAAUAAUAGCAAAGACGAUCAGCGUGACUCUCUCUCUGAUCAGGAUUUUGCCGAUCGAUUAAAAUUCCUAAUCGGAAGAGGCAGCUACGAAAAAUUGUGUUUUUUUUGUGCAUCAUGUGUCUUAUACGUAGCUGGAGACUUAUUUGGUAUUUGGAUAAACGAUAUAAACGGAGAUUUCCUAUCUCUGUAACGACAAAGCAAAUAAACGUCGGUUAAGUA